UCAUACACCGCAGCGACGUACGAGGAGUCCAAAGUGUGCCACGUUUGACCAAAAGCUGCCGUGAACGUCCACACCGCCAUAAGCAUAAGAGUUACCUGCAGCGACAUGAUUACUACUGGAAGUACACAAAGUUGUUCCAGGUGUGUCUUACCAGCCGAACAAGGUGACAUAUGCGCCAAGUUAAACGCUUUCGCGCAGCUCUCGUUAGCACACACGCACCGGAACAAGAUGGCAACACCGGAAGCAGCAACAGGAGGAGAAAUAAGUGACAUUACUACUAAACCUCCCACGUCCAAGUCGUUACAGGCUUUUAAGGACUGCUUGAGCUGCCGCCUCAUCUGCGGCGGCGGUCUGAUCGUGGCCGGGGCCUACGUGUACAACGGCGCCCGUACAGUCAUGCGCCAGCGCGGGCCGACCACCAUAGGGAUCGUCGCACAGAUCACAUUCGCAGCAUGUGUGGCUGGAUGGGGAGUGAUCGUCAUGGUUGACCCUGUGGGGAAAAUGCAGAGGGCGGACGAGAAGUGAGGCAGCUUGGGGAUAAACAUGGACAAAGACACUGUUUGAAACGGGCAUAAUUAUGUGUGACAAAUAUACAUUAUAAGCAUA